CACCGCGCCCCUGGCCCCGCCCACCCCGCCCGGGCCCCGCCCACCCCGCCCCACCCACUCCCACCCCCACCCCACCCCCGGCGGGAGGGCGAGCGCCUGCGCCGCGACAACGCCCUGCUGCGCCAGCAGCCGUGCUCGUCAGCGGGGUCAGAGGUCAGUGCCAGGCGGGAAAGGCCCCGAACUUGGCAGUUUUCCACCCAAAACCGCGUCCUUCCCGCUGCCCCUUCCCGGAAGCCGGGGGGGGGGGGAACGGCGCCGGAGGGGGGGGAUGGCGCCGGGGGACAGACGGACGGCGCCGGGGGACGGACGGACGCGGGGACAUAAACGGCGGCGGCGGCGCCGGGGCCCCGGCACUGCCGCGAUGAAGGUCGCAGCCGCCACCGGCCUCAUCCUCGUCCUCGUCCUGCUGCUGGGGCUGCCGACGCCGGGCAGGAUGGCUCUGCUCCCCCCCGAGCCGUCGCGGGAGCCGCAGCCCCGGGCUGAGGUCGGGCUCCAGCAGGUUCUGCUCCCCUCUGAGCCGUCGCUGCAGCCCCAGUUGGAGACCAGGAACCAGCAGGGCCGCCGCCGCCGCCGCCGCCGCCACGGCUCCCACUUCCCGCUCUGCUCCUACUGCUGCAACUGCUGCCGCAACCGGGGCUGCGGCCUCUGCUGCCGCACCUGAGCCCCCC